AUGCUCCGGUUUUUCAUGAAACCGUUGACGAGGGCGAACCAGAAGCUAUCGACGCGAACAUCGAUGGGAACCACCUUGACCGUCCAGCAUAGCAUGAUCCACUCGCGGCAGCUCUCGGCACACAUCAUCGUAACGAUCAUAUCAGUCGAAACCUCGCGCAGAUCAACAACAUCUGGACGUAUGCUCACGAGGCUACAGAGCAAAGUCCAGACGACUAUAUCUUUGGUGGUUUCAACGAGCGACAGUUCACAAUGGGUCCUGGCCACGAUGGAGUGCAGUCAAACGGAGGUGGCAUACCGUAGGGUGGCUCCGAUCGCGCUCAGAUCGCGCCUGGCCUUGAUGCGGAGUCGCAGCCUGCUGAUGCAGCCUCCGUCGAUGAACUGUCCUGGAUACGCACCCCGAGCAGCUGGUACACCCGUCGUAGCCGUCGAUCGCCUGUGUCGUCGCUGGAAUUGGAACCUUCUGUUCUACCCGAUUGGCUCGCGUUCUUGGACGCCGAGAGGCAGAGCGAGCCUUCCGAAGCUUCGGACGAUGCGGCUACUCUAG